CUGUUUGUCUCCCAACUUAGAGAAAAAAAUGUCUUCAGCAGAGGUGGAACCUGUCUGUAAUCUGCACGAUGAGAAAUUAAAACUCUUCUGCCAUGAUCACCAGCAGCCUGUGUGCACUAUCUGCAGGGACUCGAAAGUGCACAAUAACCACAGAUUUACCCCGGUAAACGAGGCUGCUCAGGAUCACAGAGAAGAGCUCACGGGUAUCCUCAGCCUCCUGCAGGACAAGCUGAGAUUCUUUGAACAAAUUAACGGAAAUUACAAUAAAACCGACAAACAAAUCCACGCUCAGUCUCAGCAUGCAGAAAAACAGAUUAGGGAGUGCUUUAAGAAGCUUCGCAAGUUUUUACAAGAGGAAGAAGACGCCAGGAUCGUAGCUCUGAAGAGGGAAGAGGAGCAGAGGACUCAAAUGAUGAAGGAGAAAAUCAGCUGUCUUGGAAAAGACAUAAAAACACUUUCAAAAACAGUCCAAGCUACAGAGAAAGAGCUCAGGGCUCCAGAUGUCGUGUUUUUGCAGAACUACACGACUGUAGUGGAAAGAGCUCAACAGAGUCUCCUGCUGGAUGAUCCAAAACUGAUCCCAGGAGCUCUGAUGAAUUUACCCACGCACUUAGGAAACCUGGACUUCAACAUCUGGAAAAACAUGAAGCAGAUUGUCAGCUACUCACCCGUGGUUCUAGACCCAAACACUGCUCACACAGACCUCAUCGUAUCUGAGGAUCUCACCAGUGUGAAACGUGAAAAGAAGCAGAAUCUUCCAGAAAACCCAGAAAGGAUUCAGUCCUAUCCUUCCAUCCUGGGUUCAGAGGGCUUUGACUCAAAGAUUCACAGCUGGGAUGUUGAAGUGGGCGACAAUCCUGUGUGGUCGGUGGGGGUAUUAGCUGUGUCUGCCCAGAACAAGGUGAGCGACCUGACCAAACUACUGAAAAUAUCUUUUUGUGAUGGGGUAUACACAGCCGACUCUGGGACAAAUCGUCCGGUGGACCUCACAGUCAAAAAAAAGCUCAAGAAGGUCAGAUGUUACCUGGACUGUGACAAGAAAAAACUGUCAUUCAUUGAUCCGGACACAAAAGGAAACAUACACACAUUUACAAUCAGUUAUACAGAGCGGCUCUUUCCAUACUUUAACACCGUGAACGCUCAUCCGCUGAAGAUAGUGGCAGUAGGGGUAUCUGCUGAGCCGUGUUUGGACAAGAAUUAGUGUACAUCUUCAUCUUUGGAGUUUAGCUUUUACUUUUUAGUUCCUCUUGUUGUUUUGAAUGUAAAUGCUUCGGGACAAUGGACCCAUUCAGCCGUCACAUGCAUGACGCAUCAGAAAUUAUCUAAACCUAAACAAUCAGGAUCUGGUGGUUGGUCCUGUUUUCUCUUAACAAAAGACUGCUGACAUUUAAAAAAAAUAUUUUUAUCUAAAGGGUAAAUAAGUUCACACACAUAUAAUGUUCGCUUUUUUCUUUA